AUUCGUUCCGUAACUUCGUGGACUCGUGUCUCCAGAAGAUUCCACAGGACCGUCCUACCUCCGACGUGCUGCUCAACCACCGGUUCCUGUCGCGGGAGCGCCCUCAGACCGUGGUCAUGGACCUGAUCGCUCGAACCAAAGACGCCGUCAGAGAACUGGACAAUCUCCAGUACAGGAAGAUGAAGAAGAUCCUGUUCCAGGAGACGCAGCAGAACGGACCCACGGCCGACGGAGCCGACGAGGACGAGGACGUGGAGCCGUACCUUCUGCGCUCGGGGACGGUGAACUCCAUGGAGAGUUCUCAGUCGGUGCCGAGCAUGUCCAUCUCCGCCAGCUCCCAGAGCAGCUCCGUCAACAGCCUCGCCGACGACGGCAGCGACAGCGACGCCGAGAUCGCCAUGAUGCAGGAGGGCGAGCACACGGUGGCCUCCAACAGCUCCAUCAUACACCGCCCGCAGAACCAGGAUAACCUGUACGAUGACCCGUACCAGCCGGAGGUGGAGCAGCCGCAGGCGCCCUCUGGUGGCCGCCGCAGGGCCUACUACAGGAACAGAGACCACUUCGCCACCAUCAGGACCGCCUCCCUGGUGACCCGUCAGAUCCAGGAGCACGAGCAGGGUUCUGCUCUUCGGGAGCAGAUGUCUGGAUACAAACGCAUGAGGAGGCAGCACCAGAAGCAGCUCAUGGGUCUGGAGAACAAACUGAAGGCCGAGAUGGACGAACACCAACUGAAACUGGACAAAGAACUGGAGAACCAGAGGAACAACUUCAGCUCUGAGGCCGACAAACUCCUGAAGAAACACCAGGCCAUUCUGGACAAAGAGACCAAAGCUGCUCUGGCUGAAGAGAAGAAGUUCCAGCAGCACAUCCUGGGUCAACAGAAGAAAGAACUGACCAGUCUGAUCGAAAACCAGAAACGCCAGUACAGAGCCAGAAAAGAACAGCUGAAAGAGGAACUGAACGAGAACCAGUCGACGCCGAAGCGAGAGAAGCAGGAGUGGCUGAUGCGUCAGAAGGAGUGUCUCCAGCAGGUCCAGGCCGAGGAGGAGACCAGCCUCCUCAGGAGACAGAGACAAUACUACGAACUCCAGAGCCGCCAGUACAAGAGGAAGAUGCUCCUCGCCCGACACAACCUGGAGCAAGACCUGCUCAGAGAGGAGCUGAAUAAGAAGCAGACUCAGAAGGACCUGGAGCGCGCGAUGCUCCUCAGACAUCACGAGUCGACGCAGGAGCUGGAGUUCAGGCAGCUGGCCCUGGUCCAGAGAACCCGAGCCGAGCUGAUCCGGACCCAGCACCAAACGGAACUCACCAACCAGAUGGAGUACAACAAGAGAAGAGAGCAGGAACUGAGGCAGAAGCACAGCGUGGAGGUCCGCCAGCAGCCCAAGAGCCUCAAGACGAAGGAGCUUCAGAUCAAGCGUCAGUUCCAGGAGACGUGUAAGAUCCAGACUCGUCAGUACAAAGCCCUGAGGAACCAUCUGUUGGAGAGCACUCCCAAAGCCGACCACAAGGCGGUGCUCAAACGCCUCAAGGAGGAACAGACGCGCAAACUCGCCAUCCUCGCCGAGCAGUACGACCACUCCGUCAACGACAUGCUGUCCACGCAGGCCGUCAGCAAGCUUCGUCUGGAUGAGACUCAGGAGGCCGAGUAUCAGGUUUUGCGGAUGCAGCUUCAGCAGGAGCUCGAGCUGCUCAACGCUUAUCAGAGCAAAAUCAAGAUCCACACGGACUCCCAGCACGAGAGAGAGGCCAAGGAGCUGGAGCAGAGAGUGUCCAUCAGGAGAGCCCUGCUGGAACAACGGAUCGAGGAGGAGAUGUUGUCGCUGCAGAACGAGCGCUCUGAGAGGAUCCGUUCUCUGCUGGAGCGUCAGGCUCAUGAGAUCGAGGCGUUCGACUCGGAGAGCAUGAGGCUGGGCUUCAGUAACAUGGCUCUGGGCGGGAUCCCGGCCGAGGCCUACACGCAGGGCUACGCCUCCUCCGGCCCCGCCCCCUCCGGCUCCGCCCCCUGGCCCCGCCCCGUCCCGCGCUCCGGCGGACACUGGUCCCACAGCGUCUCCGCCUCGUCCGCCCCGCCCGCCUGGAGGAACCACGGCUUCGCCCGCGCCGAGACCGUCGCCCACGGCUUCGGGCAGGAGCAGCGGCAGGAGCAGAGGUACGGCGGGCAGGAGCAACGAUACGGCGGGCAGGAGCAGAGGUACGCGGGGCAGGAGCAGCGGCAGGAGCAGAGAUACGGCGGGCAGGAGCGAUACGCGGGCGGGCAGGAGCAGAGGUACGCCGGGCAGGAGCAACGAUACGGCGGGCAGGAGCAGAGGUACGGCGGGCAGGAGCAGCGGCAGGAGCAGAGGUUCGCUCAGCUGGAGAAGAUGGAAAAGUAUCGUCAGAACACGGAGUACGGCGACAGGUACUCGCCGCAGGAGCUGAAGUACAGAGACGAGCUGAAGUACGGGCGCGAGUACCAACGCGACGACCUGAAGUACAGAGACGAGAUGAAGAGCAGAGCCUCCUCAUCCUCCUCCUCCUCCUCGUCCUCGCAGCAUCAGUACCAGUUCAGUCACCACCAGAGCACGCCGCAGCUCUACCAUGAGCCCGAGGGCCGCGAGGGUCGCGAGGGCCGCGAGCGCGGGCGGGACUGGGCGUACGCCUCCUCGCACGGCUCCUCCUCCUCGGGGGCGGGGCCAGGGGGCGGGUACGGCCGGGCGCACGCUCUGAGGAACAGCCCCACGCCGUUACGCAGGACGGCCUCCGGGGGGCAGAGCGGCGAGGGCGGGCUGAGCCGGAGCACGUCCGUCACAUCGCACAUGUCCAACGGCUCGCACCUGUCAUACACCUGAGGCACCUGCCGCACCUGUCGGAAUCCUGAAGGACGAGAAUGACCGAACCUCAACGGACCCGAGGGUCAGACGGACGAGAGGCCUUCACAGGACCGGGACCAGAACCAGGACCGGGACCAGGACCGGGGCUGAUCCGCUCUGUUCUGUGAAGGCCACAUUUCUCUUCUGUCUGAAAACCUUCAAAUUUCCUUCAAAAUUAUUUUAAUUUUAGACAUUGUGUCUUGAAUGACCCCCCCCGACCUCUGACCCUUGACCCCUCCUCCUCGACAGAACGCGUUUCAUUUCACGUUUCAAUGGUGAAACUUCGGUUAGACUCUUGUGUUCUUCUUCACUUCCGUGCGAUUGUAAAACUGCAGCUGUUAAACUGGUUCGUUUUUCUGAAUUCGCCGCGAUCGCUGAAAGAGUCAAAGUGUAAAUACUGUAAAUAAAACCAUUUCAAAGUCAGAUUUUAACUAAAUAAAUGUAGAUUUUUGUUUUUUAGUGAUAAGGUUCUGUAUAAACACUGCCAUAGAGUCGGGUGGGCGGCGAACCGUCGCCGUAGAGACGAACGGGCGACCGUCGCCGUAGAGACGGGCGGGUGGCGGUUCGUCGCCGUAGAGACGAACGGGCGACCGUCGCCGUAGAGACGGGCGGGUGGCGGUUCGUUGCCGUAGAGACGGGCGGGUGGCGGUUCGUCGCCGUAGAGACGGGCGGGUGGCGGUUCGUCGCCGUAGAGACGGGCGGGUGGCGGUUCGUCGCCGUAGAGACGGGCGGGUGGCGGUUCGUCGCCGUAGAGACGGGCAGCGGGCGGCGGACAGCUCCAGAACGCAAAAACUGAGACUGAGUCUUUUAAUUUUGAGUCAUUUCCUUUUUAAUGUUUGUUUUUUGUUGAAAGUUUCUGUGAAGUGUUUUUGUGGACGGCGUGUUACGGUUCAGACGGCGGCGUCAGGUCUGUGGAGGGGCGAGUUCUGGCUCGCCCAAUGUUUCCAGUCGCCUUCAGAGGUCAAAGGUCAGAUAUCGACUUUCAAAUAUCGGUUCAGUCGAUAUCCUGUUUGGUUUUAUUGAUGUAAUGAUCAGAAACUCUGAACUUUGACUGAGUUGUUCUGUGUAAAAUCCGUCAACACGACAAAAUGAGAAAUUCAUUUUAUCAACUGGACAAACGUUUAUUUAGAUCGAACACUGAGCUGAGCCUCUGGUCAGACGCCUGCAGGCGGCGCUCAGGACACUGAGGUGGAGGUGGACAGCAGACUGUGGUCCUGUGUCGCUCUCUCGUCUGUCGGUUCUUCUUCUUGUGACGUGUCUGUUUUGUUUCUUCACUUCGAGACUCUUCACAGGAGACGAGAACAGAACAGGACCUCAGACAAAAACUAAAAACUAAAAACUGAAUUUCUCCUUUUGCCGUUGUUUUGUGAUUUCCUCAGGUAAAUCUCAGCUCCACGUUUGGACCAGAUUCUCUUAUUUUUUUUAGUUUUAUUCAUGAAAAUCCUGCACUUCUGGAAAAGUUUUGGAUUUUUGGCAGGUGUUGGGUUUGGGCCUAAGGUUUUUAAAAAUCCAUGGAUACACACUGGAGCGCCCCCUGGAGGCGGUACAUAAAAUGACACGGAGCCUUUCCUUUGUCAGACUCGUCAGGCUGAGCUCCUGAACACGAGCUCUCGCUCUGAAGCCCCGUCCUGGUCGAGCACAGACGCCCGGCAGAAUUUGGUGACUCUGGACUUUUACAUUUUGAAACGAACGAGCAUUUCAUAGAACCACGAAACAAGUUCUGCUCCUUUUUUGCCUUGAUUUGAGAAAUGGACAGUUUUUGUAAAUAUUUUUCACACUAGAAUAAUGUUCACAUGUUCAGUUUUAUUGUUUCAGGAUGAACCUGUGGGUUCAGACGCCUGAAGCAUCUUUAGACACUGUUCGUUCACAGAUAUGGAUCGUUUUUAAAGUAAAAAGUGACCAGGACAAUACGUUUGUCGUGAAAAUGUCCUUCAAAUAUGAAGAGUCUUAAAAUCACCUCCUUUUGUCAAGUAGAAAAAGUGUCAUUAUACGAGAAUUUCAGACAAAAGGAAACAGAUAAAACCUUUUCUUUUCGGUGGGACCAUUUUAGAUUUUAUACUCGCUGGACACCAGGGGGCGCCACAACCUGUUUCCAUGGGUUUUUAAAAGUCACAAACUUUUCCAGAAGAGCCCGAGUCUCAUGAUAUUUCACAAACUCCCUCCAAAAUAAAACUGGUCCUCAGUGUCUGGGUUCAUCAAGUAUCGGCACAUUUUUAAAGUCAGACCUUUGACCUCUGACCUCUGACCCAGACGCACCAUCACGGCGAAGGAACCGGAACGUCCACGAGGCUUUGACGCCGUUUCAACGCCGCGGUCUGAACGAACGGUCUGCCUCUGUGCUCUCGAGCAAAACACUUCCCACAUUACCUUGAGUGCAGUAAACGAUGGAGGUCGGCGAGGAACGGCAGCCGUGACCCCCUCCGCUCGCCCCGGGGCAGGUGCGGCAGCCGUGACCCCCUCCGCUCGCCCCGGGGCAGGUGCGGCGGGAGCAGAGGACAAAGGGACAAAGCAUCAAAAGACUCUGGACUCUGCUGAGACGAACUCGAGCUCCGAAAAACGCUCAAACGCAUCAAAAGAAUCAGUGUUGUUUUUAUUUUUCGUUGUUGUAUUUUUUUCCUCUUCCUGUUGCGUUCUGGAGCCGGUCCCUGAUUGGUCGGCGGAGCGGAGUGGGCGGGGCGUGUACAGACUUCAAAUAUUUAUGUAAAAAUGUAUGAAGAAAAUGUGUAAAAAAAAUUUAAAAAAAGAAACCACGCCAUCUGGAGGUUUGCAGAAGCACUGACUGUAAAACGCCAUUAUUAUUAAGAAAAUUAGUCACGUGACCUGCGUCGUCCAAUAGGAAGCCGGUAUUAUUACUACUGCAGAUUAGUGUUUCAUUUGUGAGAAGCGGAGAAAGACGACGCCCGAAAAUCCAACCGCGCCGCGUCUGGGAGGGCAUCUGAUCGUCUGGGAGGGCGUCUGAUCGUCUGGAGGGCGUCUGAUCGUCUGGGAGGGCGUCUGAUCGUCUGGGAGGGCAUCUGACGCACGAGAGACACGUGACCUGAGUCUGUGUGCGAUUGGUUCUUUUGAAUUUCAAUUAUGAACGAAAAACAACAAACAAAAAAACUGAUUUCGACCUCGAUUUCAAAUAUUUCAAGUUUAUUUGAAAUCACACCAAUGUAAAAUCAAUCUCGUGUCUAUUUUUAUUUUAUUUUAUUCUCUCCCUUCUCGUAGAAAAAAAUGGUGUCAGUGGCGUUGAGUGAUCGAGUUAUGAAAUCGGAACAGAGAGACUCGCUCAAAAUAUAAAGACACACGACGAGACGAGACACCGAGUCUUUAGUUUAAAGAGACGACAAUAAACUCACGGACGGGAUUUAGAAUGUUCAAAAAAACUAUAAACUACGGAAGCCGAGAGGGGCCACAAGGAACGCAAACGCCGCAACAAAUACAAAAGCCACAACAUGCCAAAAAAAGCCACAACAAACCAAAAAAAGCCACAACGGAAGUGACUGCGGGACUCUAUUUUCCGACCGACCGAUCAAGCAGCAAGUGAAGAAGAAGAACCACAACAUGAAAGGAAUAAUGAUAAAACAAUAAAUUACUUUUACUUGCGUUUCCAACUUCUCCGUUCCUUUACUUUUCAUGUUGUAGUUCUUCUUCUUCUUCACUUGCCGCUUGAUCGGUCCGUCGGAAAAUAGAGUCCCACGGUCACUUCUGUUGUGGCUUUUUAAUGUGUUGUGGCUUUUUGUUGUGUUGUGGCUUUUGUUGUGUUGUGGCUUUUGUAUUUGUCGUGGCGUUUGCGUUCGUUGUGACCCUCUCGGCUUCCGUAAUGAUCCCAAACCAUGAGGUGAGUGGAAAGAGUUUCACGUUUCAGACUUAACCCUAAGAGUCUGAUCAGUUCUACACAUGUAGGUGCUGGAAAGUCAUGGAAAAUUCACACAAGUCAGUCUGUCGCCCCCUAGUGUCUGCGCUCAGUUUCAUUUCUCUGCAGCUCUAGAUCAGAAUCAGAAAACACUCGACGAUUCACAAAAACCCCGGAAGUGUCGAGUUCGGGCUCCAGCCAAUCAGAGGAGAGACAGACGUUCUGUGUUGGCGACGAUUCCCCAGACCCGAGGAUUUAAAGUCUGAACAAAGAGAAUGUUUGGUGAGUUUGAACUCGGGGAAAGACGUUAUUGUUCUUCUUCCGUCAGGAUUUGGAGCUUUACAAACGUCACGACCAAACAGCAGCGAUUGGUUCAAUAAAAAAGUGCUGCAGGUCACACGGUUUCCAUCAAGUGAAACCAGCUCAGGAAUCAGGACAGGAAAAGUCAUGGAAAAGUUUUGAAAUUGUGUCAGUGAAAAAGAGGAAACCCUGAAGGCGCCGGGACAGAGUUUUGAUUGGUGUCACUUGAAAUAAACUUUCAAUUAAAUAUUGGAAACAGAGGUCGAAAUCUGACACUAAAACGGAAGAAUUAAAUGACAAACUUUCCCGUUUUAUUGUUUUUCGUUCUAAAUUGAAAAGAACAAAUGUUACACGGACGGACCCGCCCCGCCUCAACCGAACACUACAGACACACGAGGACGGGAGGGCAUCUGACGCACGGGCACACGAGGGCGGGAGGACGGGAGGGCAUCUGACGCACGGGCACACGAGGACGGGAGGACGGGAGGGCAUCCGGUCUUUCUCCGCUUCACAGAGUCGUCUCAGAUUUUUAAUGUUAGUUUUUUAAAGAUGUAUUUACCGAUGUUGAACCACUACGGGGAGUUUGUUACUGUGAGAGUUUUAACGAGCGCGCGGGGAGCCACGCCCCCUUUUAUGCAAAUGAGUUUUACGGGGUUCGGGGUCCGACGGCGCCGGCAACGUCACCAUUGAACGCUGCCGCGGGGGUCAUGUGACGGGACGGUCCGAUCACGGCGAAGGACGGAGACGCCAAAACAACCGACAGAAAAAAAAAAAAAAAACGAUUUAAGAGAUUUGAUUUGAACCGAAGCGGGACCGAAGCGGGACUGAAGCGAGAUCGAUCAGGGACUGAACCGGGAUUGAGCCGGAGACUGAAGUGAGACUGAACCAGGGCUAAACCGAGAUCAAUCGAGACUAAACCAGGACUGACAUAAACUAAACUUCUCGUGAGCCUCGUCGGUCCCGUCGGUCCCGUCGGUCCAAACCCCUCGGAGCGACAUGGUGUUUUCCGGUGCCAGAGGUGGGCGUGGCUUCGUGCGUUCAGGAGCUGGACUUCGUUUCCCAGAAGCCUCAGGGCCGUGCGUUCCGUUCGAGCCAGUAUUAACCCUUUUGUUCUGGUGCCAUGUUUGAGUUUUUGUACAGAUUUUUUGAACACUGUAGGUCGGGUCGGAAGUUUUGCACAGUUUUCGCAGCUACCUCGUCUGCGCACGUGCGGACGCGUCUGCGGCGAGUGGACGUGCACGUGUGGUGACGUCUGGAGUGCGUAGGCGAGCAUGGGGUGGGAGUCUGCGCACGUGUGGGGGCGCCGCGGUGCGUGAGCGUGCACGUGUGGCGGUGGUGCGUAGUCGUGCACGUGU